AUGAUCAGCCCAGCGAGCAGUAGGUCAAACGAGGAGAGCAGAGACUGGGGAUCCAUAGGCGAUGAGAAACCCACGCACCCCUCCCUGCGGCCGCCGCCUGCUCACGGCUACCCUCCCCACGACGCCGCGCCGCCGGCUAGCUGGGUCCUCCUCGACCUGGACGCCUACGUCGCCGACCGGGAGAACGCCACUUCCGCGUGGGGCACGAUGAGCAACGGCAAGGCGAUCCGGGUCACCUUCUGCACCGCGGCCCCUCCGCUCGUCUCCUACAUCUGCGUCUGGAGCCCUGACGCCGAGAUCGCCAUGGAGCCGACCGUCGAGGCCGCGGAGUCCGACCUCAUCUUCCUCAGCGUCUUUCUUCGCGGUCGCCGCGACCAAGGCGAGUACUUCGUCUACAAGGCUGCCGGCAGCAAGGGGCCCUCGCUGCGGCGGCUCCAGGACCCCGAACCCUGCUGGCCUGAGCGCUACAAUUUCACUCUCCUCGCCCACCGGGACACUGGCUGCCCACACGCGGACGGCGACAACGACGACCACUACUACAUCGCCGCGCUGAAUCAGUUCAGACGCAGUGGCCCUGGGGGCUUCAAGCUAUGGCUCUUCAACUCCAUGGAUGGGAAAUGGAGCACCACACCUGUUUCGGAACUUGUGUGACUGACUCCAAGACGAUCGCGCUCGGAGGGGGUGGUUUGCUGAGCUUCGUUGACCCCUGGCGGCGCAUCAUCGUCUGCGACGUGCUUGGCCGCAAACCUGCACGCUACCUGCAGCUUCCCCCGCC